AUGCACCUGCUGCUGUGCCGCGGGCGCCUGAAGCUGCUGCUGGUGUCUGUCACGACAGUCGUCCUGCUCACGUGGCUCUACCUGCUCGCCGGGAACCUAGAAGGACGCUCCCUCCUCCUGCCUCCAUGUCUGGCCUUCACGCCGUCCUCUCAGGUCCUGGAUCGGUCUGUCCUGGAGUCCCGGGUCCGAGAGGUGGAGGAGGAGAACCGGCAGAUCCGCCUGCAGCUCAGCCAAUCACAGGGUGCCGCCGCCCAGCCACCCGACGGUAACUACGGCAACCAGCAGUGGGGCGCCUCGGCGGACACAGGCCCUGAGGACGGAGACAACACGGCGGAAGACAAGAGCAACCACACCGAGUGUGCCCGCUCGCCCGCCGUCCACAAGUGUGAGCUCAUCCACGUUGCCUGUGUUUGUGCCGGUCACAACGCCAGCAGAGAUGUGGUGACUCUGGUCAAAUCCAUCCUCUUCCACAGGAGGAAUCCUCUUCACUUCCAUUUCAUCACCGACACUGUGGCCAAUCGGAUCCUCAGUUCUCUGUUCCAGUCCUGGAUGGUUCCUUCGGUCCAGGUCAGCUUCUACGACGCAGACGAGCUCAAGUCGGAGGUUUCGUGGAUCCCCAACAAACACUACUCAGGUAUCUACGGUCUGAUGAAGCUGACACUGACCAAAGCGCUGCCCGCCCACCUGUCCAAGGUCAUCGUCCUCGACACCGACAUCACCUUCGCCACCGACGUCGCAGAGCUGUGGGGAAUCUUCCGGAAGUUCACCGAUAAACAGGUGAUUGGUUUGGUGGAGAACCAGAGCGACUGGUAUCUGGGAAACCUGUGGAAAAACCACAAACCGUGGCCGGCGCUGGGACGAGGCUUCAACACAGGUGUCAUCCUGCUUUACCUCGACCGUCUGAGGAAGAUGGGAUGGGAGCAGAUGUGGAGGCUGACGGCGGAGAGGGAGCUGAUGAGCAUGCUCAGUACGUCUCUGGCGGAUCAGGACAUUUUCAACGCCUUCAUCAAACAGAACCCGGUCCUGGUCCAUCAGUUGCCCUGUUUCUGGAACGUCCAGCUGUCUGACCACACCCGCUCCGAGCAGUGUUACACCGAGGUGUCCGACCUCAAGGUGAUCCACUGGAAUUCUCCAAAGAAGCUUCGAGUGAAGAACAAACACGUUGAGUUCUUCAGGAACCUUUACUUGACCUUCCUGGAGUACGACGGGAACCUGCUGAGACGAGAACUGUUCGGAUGUCCAAGUCCAGCCAGCCCACAGAGUGUCCAGCUGCAGUCUGCUCUGGAGGAACUGGAUGAAGAUGAUCAAUGUUACGACUUCCGAAGGGAGCGUCUGACCAUUCACCGUGUCCACCUGUAUUUCCUGCAGUACGAGGACACGCCCACUGAGGACGGCACUGACAUCACUCUGGUGGCUCAGCUCUCCAUGGACAGGCUGCAGAUGUUGGAGGCCAUCUGUAAACACUGGGAGGGGCCUAUCAGCCUGGCGCUCUACAUGUCGGACGCCGAAGCCCAGCAAUUCCUCCGUUACGCUCAGGCCUCUGAGGUCCUCAAGAACCGCAAGAACGUUGGGUACCACGUGGUCUACAAGGAGGGCCAGUUCUACCCGGUCAACCUGGUCCGGAACGUGGCCCUGAAGAACGCCAACACCCCCUACGUGUUCCUGACCGACGUGGACUUCCUGCCCAUGUACGGCCUUUACGACUACCUCAGGAGGUCUGUGGUGCAGAUGGACAUGUCUAACACAAAAAAGGCUCUGGUGGUUCCUGCUUUUGAGACAUUGAGGUAUCGUCUGUCCUUCCCCAAAUCCAAAGCUGAGCUUCUCUCCAUGCUGGACAUGGGGACACUGUACACCUUCAGGUAUCAUGUGUGGCCCAAAGGUCACGCUCCCACUAACUAUGCUAAAUGGCGAACAGCCACGACGCCCUAUAAGGUGGAGUGGGAGCCGGACUUUGAACCGUACGUGGUGGUGAAACGCGACUGUCCUGAGUAUGACCAGCGCUUCGUCGGCUUCGGAUGGAACAAGGUGUCGCACAUCAUGGAGCUGGACGCACAGGAGUACGACCUGAUGGUUCUCCCCAACGCCUUCAUGAUCCACAUGCCUCACGCUCCGAGCUUUGACAUCUCCAAAUUCCGCUCCAGCCCCAGUUAUCGCCACUGUCUGAACACGCUGAAGGACGAGUUCCACCAGGACCUGUCCAGGAAGUACGGUUCCGCUGCCCUCAAGUACCUCACGGCCCAGAGGAACAUGUAGAACCGGGACCAUGAGCUCCAGUGGGGCCUCGUCCUCCGGUCCGUCAGAGUCUUGGACUGACGCAACUGAGAUGCCGGUGUCUGGACGGCGUCCUCGAACUGACCGCCGCUGUCGGGUCGGUUUAGCUUUAAGGUCCCAGUGACGAGGAGGUUCUCAGUGUUUGUUCUGAUAAUCAGGGCUGUUCCUCCAGAAGAUACGAAGAAGCGUUAGCAACUGGAACCAGCGCCGACCGGUGGAACGGACUCAGAUCAAAGCCUUAUCAUUUCAACCGUAUUUAAGGAUAUUUAGGUUUUUUCAAUCGGUACCAAUGAAUACGAACCUUUGACAUGAACACGUGUUUGAUUCAAACUUUAUUUUUCCUUCGUAUAUUUUCGACCUCAUGUCCCGAACACCGCCCUCUGGCUUCAGGGAUGUGAACUGAGUGCGUGCAAGUGCGUGGGUGGGUUUUCUGUCUUCAACACGUUUCCUGUUCGUCAUCUGCAUGUUUACAUUUGCACUAAAGCGUCUUUUCACGUCUGGAAACAGAUGAUCCUCGUCUGAAUCCACUGAUGGAUUAUUGAUGGAUUAUUGAUCGGUUCCGACCGACUGGGACCAACCGAACCUGUGACUGAUUUGAUUCAUUUCCUUUUUCUUGUCCAGUCACUGGAUGUUGGAUGUUACUGUGUCCACAUGUGAUCCGCGUCCAUAAGGAAUCAUAGGACGUUCAUCUCAGUUUCACAUGUGAUGGAGGAACAUUUUCAAAGAAUACACCGUUUUAUUCAACACUGCAUUGAACGGGUUUUAUUUACCAGGAACAAAAUUAAACCUAAAAACAAAACCAUUUAUGUCCCGAAAAUAAAAACAGACUUUAAAUGAUAGAAUAUAUAAUGAUAUAAUUAACAUUUGAUUAAAGGUACUCGGACAGAACUGUGCACACGUCUUCAGCCCCCGUUAUAUGAAAUGUUUUAGUUGAAGUUUGAAUGUGAACACAAGGAUUAAUGAGGUUCUGCAUUAAUAAAUAAACUAGAACAAACACAAUAUGUAAUAAGCAUUAAAAUCAUAUAGAAUAGAAGUUAAAUGGGAUCAUCACAACAGAGAACAUGAUUAAAGAACCCUGGUUUAAGUUCUACGACAGAGUAAGAAAAUAAAAACACAAGUCACUACGAGAAUAAAGUCAUAUUAUUAUGAGAAUAACGUCGUAAUUUAAAAAACAGGUGUAAAAAUAUAACAGUUUACCAGAAUACAGUGGUACCCACUGGUUCCAUAAUGGAGAACUGGAACAUUCUGUGAGGUUCUACUUUCAUUUGGGGUUUACGCACAAAGGCCAAAUACUGAGCCUAUUAGCCCUGCCCACCACCAACACAUUAGCAUUAGUCGUCCGCUCCAACAGAAGUGAAAGUUGAUGCUUCGUUUGUUGCAUUCGCUGUAACUGGAAACUGUCAUCAACAAGGAUUAAGGCUUAAGAUCUAAAAAUGAGGACUUUAUCGCAUUAUUGAGAAUUUAUUUACAAAAUAUUGCAAUUUAAAUCUCAUAAAAGUGCAACAUUAUUUUCUUUAAAUUUUGAGAUUUUUUUGUUUUAUUACGACUUUAUACUCAUAAAAUUACAGGUUUUAUCUCAAUAUUUUAUGACCUUAUUCCUGUAGUGACAGUGUUUUUAUUUUCUUACGUGGGGCUGAUACGCGUCGUAAAUUUAUGACUAAAUUGUUUCAGAAAAAUUCCUGUCGACUCCAGAGUUGAAUAUUCAGAUCAAAUCCUGUCGGAGGCUUUAGUUUAAAUCCAUCUUGUCUGAAUAAAGAGGCUCAUGUGUGUUCAGUAGAACCUGUAGAACCCACAUGUAGAACCUGAAGGCUCCUUUACUCUACAUGUCCAGAAUCUGUGGGAGAACCACCUGGAACCACAGGGGGCAGAGUGGAGACAUCUGAAGUCAGUAUUUACACAAACAGUCAAACUGUACAGAGAAUCUACUGACCAGUUUAGGACAACCAACACCAAUGUCUGCACCAGUAAGACUCUGCUUUCAUCUUCUCCUUUUUCUUCUUCUUCUUCUUCUUCUCUUUCAUCAUCUUCUUUUUCUUCUUCAUUGGUUUUGUUCUUUCAGAGUGGCGCCCUCUGGUGGACUGAUGGAUAAGCACAGAAUGAUUCUUAUUCUGUCUUCUGCAAACACAGAGGAAUCUUUUUCUCGUCUCAGGGCUUUGACAAAACAACAUCAUCCAGCCAGAAUUUUUUUCUCGUCCAACAACUAUUGCGUGAUUGGUCAGAAAUUUGAAGUGGGUGUGGCAUAAACAUGGAGCCUUAAAUGAGCCCUAAGACAUUUGCACAGUUCAAUAAACCAACAACCAAAAGGAACUAAUCCAUGGUGAUGCACAGUUUAACGGAGGAAUUUCAGGGUUUUCAAAAUUUUAUUUUACAAAUUUUUUAAAAUUUGAAAUCAGACAAUUUUUCAGAUUUUACUGAUUUUUUUUGUCUUUUUCCAAAACUAUUAAUUCGAUUUAACAGAAAAACCUGCGACCAGAUUGAAAGUUAAUACUUGACCUGAAUAAUGUUUGACCCAAAAAACAAUUAAUUUAGUUUAAUCUAUUUUCAUUUAUCUUAAAUUUAGAAUUCUACAGGAACCUCUGGGUGGGCAAGAGGGGCGGGGUUAUUGGUAAGCUCCACCUACUUUUCCACUGGAUCUAGUUGUGAAUAAAUGAUGAAUCCAGGUUUGGAGCUGUAGAUCAAUCACUUCUAGGUUAUUGAUUAUAUAUAAAUAAAUGGAUCCAUUUGAAGUUUCUCAGUUGAUGUUUUGAUUGAACAUUAAUCUGCGACUUUUCCGCGUUCAUGUUUUUAUUAAACCAGUUCAUGUUAGACCUGAAUCCACUUUAAACCCCCACACACCCGUUUUAAAACCAAACCCAGACUCUUCAGACCCAGGUUUCCUGGGUUCAUGUCCAUGUUCAGCUGUUUUUUAUAUUAAAUUAAACAUAUUCAACUAAAGGAUCUGAUCCUGUUUCAUACAUUUAUGAUCAAAGAUGAAGGGUUUUAGGCACGAUUUAGGAACGGAGAUGAAAAAGGAAAGUUCAUUCACACAUUUAAUUUAGUUGUAUCAUCUGAUGGUUUUUCGUGUUUGCUUGGUCUGAAUCUGUUUUUUAGUCACAUUUUAUUUCCUGUUUUGUCAAAAACCCUCAGAUGUUCCUUUAAUUCUUCUAGAAAAGCUUCAUGUUUUCAGUUUCUUCAGCUCUGCUUUUCCACUUCCUGGUGACGUUUCUUUGUCUUUGAUCAAGUUUUUGGGCAGCAGCUGACGCUGAAGCUGACGCUUCUGUUUUAGGUCGUUGAUGUGCGUUUCAGCUUCGUUCACAUGAGUCUGUUCUCAUUCUCCGAUAAAACGGAUCCUUUUUUCCAUUUGAUCAAACCUUUUUUCUCCACAGUUUAAUGUUUCAUCUUCUUCUGUUUCCUGCAGAGUUUCAUGUUCCCGUCGAUGCCUCUUUAAUGUCAGUACUUCACUGAUGCAUUGUGGGUAUUCUGAUGGUUAGUACUCCAUCCAGUGCAGGUGUGUCUGUUGUAGUCUGUGGUUCUUGGAUCUUAAACUGUGCAUUGGUUUGGUUUUUGGAAGUGCUUUGUGUUUGGUUCAGGCCCAUAAACUUCUGUCUCUGAUACAUGUUUGUUUUUUUUCAGUUGAACUCGAAGUGAAUGAAUUAGUUUUAAACUGAGGUGAUGACAUCAUUAAAAAACUGAGGUGAUGACAUCAUUAAAAACUGAGGUGAUGACAUCAUUAAACAGUUUGACUCCAGUUACAGAGAAGCUUUUCAUCAGUACUAAUCCUAGUUAUCCAAUCAUCUUUAAUCUGACUGUUAAUGGCAUCAGUAACAGGAAACCAGCUGAUGUUUACGACUGUGUUAGCGCCACAAACAAACAAACAAAUACUGUCACUACCAGAAUAAAGUCAUCAAAUAUUCAGAUAAAACCUGUGAUUUAAUGAGAAGAACUGCAGGUUGAACAUCUGAGGUUUGAGUUCAACAUUCAAACUGGAAACAAACAAACAUCUACGGUGGUGCAUUAGUGUCGUAAAGUAUGCAGAUAAAACCUGUCAUUUAAUAAGAAUAAAGUCAAAUACAAAAAUAGUCCAAAUUUUAACAGAAUACAGUCAUAAUAUUAUGAGAAUAAUGUCGUCAUAUUUCAACAAUAAAGCCAUAAUAUUAGCAGAAUAACAUCAUAAUUUAUAAACAGGUGGAAAACUAUCCUAAUGUACUCUUCAGUCAGUUCAUCCAAUAAAGAGGAAAUUUGAUCGAAUCUGUUUAGUUCAUAGGAUAAAACAAACCCAAAUGUGUGCAAACUGUCUUCAAAGUCUGACUAAUGCUAAUGUGUUGAUGGUGGGCGGGGCUAAUAGGCUCAGUAUUUGGCCUUUGUGCGUAAACCCCAAAUGAAAGUAGAACCUCACAGAAUGUUCCAGUUCUCCAUUAUGAAACCAGUGAGUAUGACUGUAUUCUGGUAAAAUUCUGCCUCUUUUCGUAUUUGACUUUAUUCUCAUUAAAUUAAAGGUUUUAUCUCCAUAUUUUAUGACACUAAUGCGCCACCGUAGCUGUUUGUUUGUUUGUUUUAAUGUUGAACUCAAACCCCAGAUGUUCAACCUGCAGUUCCUCUUCUGUCCACCGGAGGCUCCAGUUAGUCCAUCUUCAUGGACCCAUAAAAUGUCUGACUUUCAGCAGAACAAACACAUAUGAGAUAUGAGUUCUGGAGUGUUGGAUUAAAAUCAGAUGAUCUGAGACAUGUAGGACUGAAAACGGUUUGACUUUUGGAUCAAAGCGUUAAGUCGUUGGUCGACAGUUCAGAUCGGAAAGAAGUACUGACAAACUGAUUGGGUUUUGGUCCCAGGGCCCACGUCUAGGUCCAGGGCCCAGGUCUAAUUCCAGGUCCAGGGCUCAGGUCUAGGUCCAGCUCCAGGGUCCAGGUUCAGGUCUAGGGCGGACCCACUCCAUCAUUCACUGUUUCGCAGUGUUUGUUGAACCAGGUUACAGCUGCACUAGUGCCCCCAUGUAGACUGGAGGACGUCCUGGUCCACUCAGGAGCACCUGCCCCGUGACACCUGCUGGUAGAACCUGGUACUGGUCCGGUUUGGGCUUCAUGGUGUCGUCUCUGCAGCUUCAUCCACUGGUUUGACUGGGUUUAAUGUAGUUUUAUAUGGAACUGAAAGUGAAGCUUUGACCACGAAACUCUGCAGAAAACAGAACAAUUAUAGUUCAAACUGAACUCAUGUCUUUGUCCUCAUUAGUCCCUUUGGUCCAUCGUCCAUCUGAGCUAAAUUGUUCCCAUAUUUAUAUAAAUGUGUUCCAAACAGAAGUGUGUAAUGUUGGUUUUUCCAUUCAAUCCCAAAUGUGCUGAUUAGUUUCU